ACCAACACAAGCGUCCUCACCACCAGUUAGAACGGUGAUGGAUCCUCCAGGUACUGGACCACAGCAUGCAAAGAAGGUCCGCGUAGCUUGUUGCAGAUGCCGAGCCAAACGUGUCAAGUGUGAUGGAAGUCUCCCGGCCUGUGGGAAUUGUGCGCGUGCAAAUGUUUCCUGUGUCGAUGUGGACUCUCGGAAUAAUGACCUGCCUAUACCGCGCGAUUAUAUCGUCAAAUGCUGCUCGCGUAUCAAGUGGCUUGAGCAAAAAAUCCGGGUUCUAGAUCCAAGUUUCGACUUGACCAAAGGUCCCCAGAUAGAUACGGAUCCCUUUGAGGGUCUAUCGCUGCCAUGGCCGUCGUAUCAAAGCCCCGGAAGCGCAGCCAGUGAUACUCCACUGCGUGCAGCUUCUUUGAAUACAGAAGUGGCUAGCACAGUAGCAGGACCUGCUACAGGGAAGCGAUCCCAUGCUUCGAUGGAAGAAUUAGAGAUUGAACGGCCUCCGUUAGUCGAAGCACGCACCGUGGCCAUGGAUUUGGGGAUGCUCUCGCUGCAAUCCGACUCAAGGCAGAAGCAUUAUCUCGGGUCAUCUUCAGGACUGCUUUUUAUGAAGCUGAUCGGAGCUGGCGAGGCGCCUGGGCCGGCUCCGCCUCCUGCAACGCGCCGACUACGUCGUAUGGCAUCUCCGAAUCGUCCGAGUGAGGUGUAUCAUUCGCUUUAUACGGGUCUAGAACGGGAGCUUCCCUCCCCUGAAGACGCGGAUCAGUUACUAGCAGUUUACUUUCAGUAUAUUCAAAUCGACCACCCAUUUCUUUAUCCGACUUCGUUGAUUAACGCUUAUAAUGCAUUGCAUGCUUGUGCUCAGCGUGGGUAUGAUCCCGGACGACUAGAUCAAAAUGGCUGGCUCCGAGAUAUCAAACCCUUUCCUUACAAUGGCAAGAUGGAUGUCUUGGAUGGUCAUGAAUGUACACCCAUUUCAAUCUCUUUUGCUGUAUUCCACGUCUUCAUGGUGUUUUCUCUCGCAGCGACUGUUCUCACACGGAAGAAGAACUUUGAUUACCCCCCGAUACGAUUCUAUCGCAUGGCAAUGCUUGCGGCUUCGGAGUGCUUCUCCAACAUCUCGGUUCCGGCGUUACAAGGGAUCUUGCUACUGGCUAUUCAGGGCAUGACUGAACCUGCUGGCCUUAAUAUCUGGACUUUGGUACAUAUUGCCAUGUCGCAUUGUGUUGACUUGGGUUUGCAUCGUGAACCGAAUAACCCAUCUGAUCUCCCACCUGUUGCUCUUGCGGUCCGUAGGCUUAUAUUCUACACUGUCUAUUCACUCGAUCGGUCCAUUUCAACAAUCCAAGGUCGUCCGCUAGGGAUUCGAGACGAAACCUUCGAUGUACGACGGCCGACGAUGGAUGACCUGGCGAGCAAUGAUACUCCAGUUACAACUGACGGUGACCUGAAUUUGCAUCUACCGUCAGCGGAGUAUCUGGCGUUUACCGUCCGCCGCUUUCAACUGGACCUAUACAUUUCGGAAAUAAAGCUCUUAUUCUACCAUCUGCCUUCGCAGGUAAACAGCAUUAUCUGGCCUACAGAUCUCGACAAGAUCCAACAACGCAUCAAAUCAGAUCUCGAUAAGUGGCUAAAUGAUUCAUCGAGUGCCGUGCCAAGGAUGGACACAGAAGAAUCUCUGAUUCUCCACUGCGAGAACCUCAAGCUUGAGUUACAAUACCACGCAGCAAUUACCUUACUCUACCAGCCAUCACAAGUCUUUCGCUCGCCAACUCAACAAGCCCUGUCUUUAUGUUACCAAAGCUCAAGCCGACGACUACGCAUCUACAACUACCUGAACAAUAAAGAACAGUUAUACUACAGCUGGCGCAACAUCCAUGGAAUCUUCUCCUCGGGUGCUACAAUCAUUUACUGCAUAUGGGCAUCUCGCAAUCUCCAAACUACGAUCCCUUUUGAUGAUGCCUUGCGAAAUCUUCGAACGUGCUCAAAUCUACUCAGUAUUGGUGGUCAAUGGUGGCCUUCUGUGCGCAAAGGCAAGGAGAGUUUUGAGAAGGUCAUGGAUCUUACUAUAAAGGGAUUACGAAACUUGGAGAGUCGUACCAUAUCGGCAACUCCAAUAACCGGGACAUAUCACCCCGCGCCAUCAUCAUUUGCCUCAAAUUUAGAGCCCGUGGCACCCCAAAGCCAAAUAGAGCCAUCGGUGCAGUUCUCGGGUUCUCGGGAUGCUGGAGCUCAUAAUGCCAUGUUACACGGGUUCGAAUUGUCAAUUGGCAAUGUUGACCAUUCCACAUUACUUGGUGAUGGCUUGUCGGCAGACGGUCCUGAAGUUCUUGCCAUUGACCCUGCGAUGGAGCAUUUCUUGUCUGAAUAUCUGCAGGGUGACUGGGGUUGGGAUCCGUUUUCUGGGUCUUAACGCACCACUUACCAUGUUUAAAAGGAAAUAGAAAUCCCAGACGGUAUA